AUGAGCGAAGACGAGCUCACGGCCGCCUCGCCGCCCCCGCCAGGCAUCGUAUCCAACUUCGACAAUCCCGCCGAGUCCCUCGUGCCACAGGUGUUGGUCGUUGCCAUCGUGCUCAACCUCCUAGCCAUUAUCUUCUGCGGGAUCCGUCUGUACACGGUCAAGGUCGUGAUACAUCGCCACCAACGCGACGACGACCUCAUCUUUAUCGGACUUCUCUUUGCCACGGCAUACUCGGUUAUCCAAGUCUACGAGACUAGGAAUGGAGCUGGGCACCACAUAUGGGACGUGAGCAGGGCGGACGCCGUGGCUUUCCAUAAGCUGAGCAUGGUUGAUCUCGCGGCGUAUAGCCUCUCUGUUCUCUUCACCAAGGCCUCGAUCCUCGUGUUCUACCUGCGGUUCCCUCUCAAGCGCGCCGUGAGGAUCGUUGUGUACGUGGUCAUGUUUGCGACGGUGGCGUAUUCGCUCGCUGGCGCGCUUGGCUGGGCAUACCUCUGCACUCCCAUGGAGAAGAUUUGGGAUAUGGAUGUGCCAGGAACCUGUGUCGAUCGGUCGAUGUGGUGGUUGAUGUUGUCGGUCUGCAAUGUUGCCACCGAUCUCGCUAUCUUGUUGCUGCCAAUAUGGAUUCUCUCACCCCUUUCGUUGAGGCUGGUCAAGAAGAUUGAGAUGACUAUCUUCCUCAUGGCCGGAGGCUUUGUCCUCGGGCCCAGCAUCGUUCGUAUGGUUAUGAUCCCUCUAGGCUUUAAUAACGCGGACUUCACCUGGACAGCUUCAAUAAGCAUCAUUUGGUGCGUUGUGGAAGCCAACGUGGGCAUCAUCUGUACCUGUCUGCCCUUCCUCAAGGCUUUCAUGAAGCAUGUGGCGCCAGGCAUCGCCAGACGAUUUUACGUUCCAGAUGAGCCGCAGUCACCCACAGUUUUUGACCGCGCCGCCGCGCUACAAAGUCUGCCGCCAGUUCCAAAGUCAGCACGGCGCAAGAGCUUGGGCAGGCAGGCCGUCGACGACGUGCCGGGUGCCGAGAUGCGCACCGUACGCUCGAAUUGGCCAUUGAAGAACAAAGAGCCUUUUGAUCAUAUCGAGCACCAAGAUAUUAGGCUGUCGCAAGAUCACAAGACGCCGUACCCUGCGAAGCCUGUUGAUGUUGCUGAGAUGGUGUGA